CUGUGUAGAUAGAAUAUGGAAUGUAUGAAAUAUAUCUAGGUGUUCACAGAUUCUAUAUAAACAUGAACAGAAACCAACAAAAUCAGGGAAUGUGGAAUCCAUAUGGAGUCCAAGGAUUUCAGUUCCUGCCUCCAGAGGAUGGUGAUAGAACUGGAGAGAUGCCCUCCUCUGUCCCUCUCAUGAACCCUCUACUUAGUCCUAUGAUGGUUCGGGGCAGUGCUCCUUACACUCAAUUCAGCAUUAACGGGCCUUACGGUCCUGUUCAGUUUCAGGGAUUUCCAGUUGGGGGCCAAAAUCCUCUGAAUGUCAAUGACAUGAACCAACUGAGUGAGAUGAAUCCUGAUAUGAAUCCUGAAAUGAUGAACAUGAUACAAUGGGGUCAACAACAGGGGCUCCAGCCUAUUAUCUACCCAAUGAUGAUGAUGGUUCCUCUAAAUCAGGCUCAAAUGAAUCAGCAGUUCCCUGAUGUUGUGGAGGAUGGGGCCCAGGAUGAAUUUCUUGAUGCAGUCAGUGAUUUCCCCUAUGAUACCAGAUCUGAUCAUGAUGUUACCCCGGAUCUUGUCAGAGCAACCACUGAGACUGAACCUACCUAUAUGAAUGAAGAAAAUCAGCAGACCACAGAACAGGAACAACCAAGCUAUGCAAAUGACCCCGGGAUUGUUGAAGUAACCAGCUCUGGUGUACAGUCACAUAAACCAGUCUCUACAGUACACCAGGCCAGCAGUCUGCGCAGAGGGGCAACCAGUGUUCACAAUUUCGGGGAAGAAGAACCACGAAUUAGAAAUCAGAUGCGGGCACAGAGUGUACAGCCAGGGCACAAAAGCAAGGAAUAUGAUCUGGCGUCUAGAAAAGAAAAGUUUAAAACCUACAGCUACAAUAGAUCGAAACAAGCAAAUAGAUCUUACACCUUGUCAAGGACCCAGUCAACUGUUUCUAAUUUUCAACCCAGCGAAAGGCCUCCAACUGUUCUACACAUUCCAGAUAUUAAACCAAGACUUAGGAAGGAUGAAGACCAUAGCUCAACCCAAUCCCUAUUCCCCGCUGUUAUAACAUCUAAUCUCAGGAAAGCAGACACUUAUUAA